GGAGAAGUCAGAUGUUGCAUUACGCACUACACGUGUUUGUGCAUGCUCUAUUCCCGGUCAUGUCGGCAUGCAGUAGGAGUGCGCCCAAGCACGUGUCAAACUAGAAAAUUGGCUAAAGUGAAGUAUUUUUCGUAACCGUAAAGUAUACAGGUAACCUCGAAAUGGCGGCGUCCGCAUACAAUUUCAAGAAAAUUGCAACCGUUCCAACGGCGAAGGAUUUUAUAGACAUUACCUUGUCUAAAACCCAAAGGAAAACCCCUACUGUUGUACACAAACAUUAUCAAAUUUCUCGUAUUCGCCAAUUUUAUAUGCGAAAAGUUAAAUUUACGGAACAGAACUUCCACGAAAGAUUGUCGAAAAUUAUUCAAGAAUUUCCUAAAUUAGAUGACAUCCAUCCAUUUUAUGCUGAUUUGAUGAAUGUGUUGUAUGAUAAAGAUCAUUAUAAAGUUGCAUUGGGUCAAUUAAAUACUGCCAGACAUUUGAUUGAUAAUGUUGGCAAGGAUUAUCUGCGACUUCUGAAAUUUGGUGAUUCUUUAUAUCGAUGCAAACAACUGAAGAAAGCAGCUCUUGGAAGGAUGGCUACUAUUAUGAAAAGACAAGCAAGCAAUCUUCAGUACUUGGAACAGGUGCGUCAGCAUUUAUCCAGAUUGCCUACAAUUGAUCCUUACACUAGGACGUUGUUGAUUUGCGGCUUUCCUAAUGUUGGCAAAUCUUCAUUCAUCAAUAAGGUCACCAGGGCUGAUGUGGAAGUUCAGCCGUACGCUUUCACCACAAAAUCACUUUAUGUUGGUCAUUGUGAUUAUAAAUACCUCCGGUGGCAAAUCAUAGACACUCCUGGCUUGCUAGAUCAUCCCUUGGAAAACAGGAAUGUCAUAGAAAUGCAAGCUAUUACCGCAUUGGCUCAUUUGCGUGCCGCUGUACUUUAUAUCUUCGAUUUGUCUGAGCAAUGUGGCAAUUCUAUUGAAAAUCAGGUAAACUUAUAUCAGAGUAUCAAGCCAUUGUUUGCUAAUAAGCCUCUGUUACUUGUAUUGAACAAAUGUGAUGUAAGAAGAUUGGAGGAUCUACCGGAGGAAAAGCAAACUCUACUCAAAGAACUUUCUUCAGAUGAGAUUCCAAUGAUGGAGAUGAGUACAGUGACUGAGGAAGGUGUUGUAGAAGUGAGAAAUGAGGCCUGUGAGAAGUUGCUAUCUUUUCGUAUAACUCAAAAGGUUCGGGCGAAGAAGGUUGAUUCAAUUUUGAACCGCCUUCAUGUUGCAGUGCCAAAGAAGAGAGAUCAAAAGGAAAGGCCACCGUGCAUUCCGGAGAAGGCUCUCCAGCAGAAAAUGGCUACAGAUAGUCUGAAAAGGAAACUGGAGAAACACCUGGAGGAGGAGCUCGGAGAUGAUUAUAUACUUGAUUUGCGCAAAAAUUAUGACUUGCCUGGGGAUUACAAAUAUGAUAUAAUUCCAGAGAUCUGGGAAGGCCACAAUAUAGCUGACUAUAUUGAUCCUGAAAUCUUGGAGAAACUGGAAGCACUUGAAAGAGAAGAAGCCUUACGUGAGGAGACUGGCAUGUAUGCUGUUCCCAAGAUUGAAGUGGAUGAUAAUCUCAGAGAGAUUCGAAAAUUGGCAGCCCUAAUUCGUUCUAAGAAGGCCAUACUUCAAGACGAGGCUAGAGUCCGUAAAGCCUCUACAAAACCAGUCAUGCCUCGAACUACGGCUCCACGAGCACGUUCUCGUUCAGUGUCGCGUCUGAAGAAGGAGAUGACAGACCUCGGUGUCGACAUGUCAGGCACAGAAGAGGCACAUUUCAUGAAGACACGUGCCCGUUCAAGAUCAAAAUCAGUAUCGGAAACUCCUGCAAAACGUGCUCGUAUGAGUUCCGAAGGUCCAUCUGGAAUACGUUCCUUGUCACGAUCUAUGUCCCGACCUCCACGAAAUGAAAUGGGAGUAAAGGAUAUUCAGAUGAAGGAGAAACUUGCCAAGAUCGCUCAUAAAGCAAUUAAAAAGAAGGUAGUCAAGAAAGGCCUCAAAGGAGAAGCUGAUAGAUUCAUUGGUAAUAAGAUGCCUAAACAUUUGUUUAGUGGCAAGAGAGGUAUGGGCAAGACAGACAGACGUUAAUUACAUGUAUGAAAAUUAUAAAAUAAAUAAUUUUUAUGUUGAGAGUUGCAAACUUUGGCCAAUAAAUAAUUAUUGAUAUUUAUA